CAUCCUCACAAACACUCUCUCUCUCUCUCCCUCUCUCUCUCUCUCUCCAACUAGACUGGACUGGACUCCAAACCCUCCCCCAUGACCAUGGCCUUCACUUCCCUCCUCGCCACUCUCCUCCUCCUCUUCCUCUCUCUAACCAAACCCUCCUUCUCAGCUCUGGUCAAACAACAGCCCCUCGUCCUAAAAUACCACAACGGCGACCUCUUGAAAGGAACCGUGACCGUCAACCUCAUCUGGUACGGUCGCUUCACCCCCAUCCAACGCUCCACAAUCGUCGACUUCAUCCAAUCCUUGAACUCCCCGACAGCCCCGCAGCCCUCCGCCGCCUCCUGGUGGCGCACCACCGCAAGGUACAAGGGCGGCGCCGCCUCCCUCCUCGUCGGAGAACAAACCCUCAACGAAAACUACUCUCUCGGGAAAUCACUAAAAAACAUCCACCUCGAAGCCCUGGCUUCGAAACACGGCCAGGCCAACGCCGUCAGCGUCGUUCUAACGGCGGAAGACGUCGCCGUCGACGGGUUCUGCAUGAGGUGCGGGAGCCACGGGUCGACCCGGGGGAAAACCCGGUUCGCGUACGCGUGGGUGGGCAACUCGGAGACCCAGUGCCCGGGUCAGUGCGCGUGGCCGUUCCACCAGCCCAUAUACGGCCCGCAGACCCCGCCGUUAGUCGCGCCCAACGGCGACGUCGGCAUCGACGGGAUGGUUAUCAAUCUGGCCACGGUUUUGGCGGGCGCCGUUACGAACCCGUUCAACAAUGGGUACUUUCAGGGGCCCGCGACGGCGCCGCUGGAGGCUGUGUCGGCGUGCACGGGGAUGUUCGGGUCCGGAUCGUACCCGGGGUACCCGGGUGAGGUUUUGGUGGAUGAGAGUACGGGGGCGAGCUAUAAUGCGCAUGGGGUGAACGGGAGGAAGUACUUGCUGCCGGCUAUGUGGGACCCGUUGAAGUCGGCUUGUUCGACGCUAGUCUGAAGGAGGAUGUGGAAAGAGAUCUUUGAGAGAGAGAAGAGAUAUGAUAUUAGGUGUGGGCCUUGUGUAUAGAGUCGCGCAUAGGGGUGUGGGCUUGGGUUGUCGUUUUGCGUGACGUGUAAAUUAUGUCUUUUUUAAAAAAGGUAAAAGUUGGGGAAAUGUAAUGAAACGGGUUAAAUGGAGUAUAAAAUACUACUGUACUGUAUGUGGGUAUAAAAAUGGAUUGGGAUCCUCUGUGAGGAGGAUUGUCCCUGUUAUGA